AUGCCUGAUAAGGUCCUCGACGACAUUUCCCACCGGAGGUAUAACCCGCUCACAGACAGCUGGCUGCUCGUCUCCCCACACCGGACAAAGCGCCCAUGGCAAGGCCAGCAUGAAGCUGCUGUGGAAAGCGAGCUUCCAGAGUACGAUGCUAAAUGCUACCUCUGCCCUGGGAACUCUCGCGCAGCAGGAGAUCGUAAUCCCCAGUAUGAAAAGACGUUUGCAUUUGUAAACGACUACAGCGCUGUCAAGGAGCAGCAGCCCGACUAUGAGAACAACCCCUCAUCCGACGAUCCUGAGUCCUGGCUCUUGCAAGCCCAAGGCGUCAAGGGCGUCUGCUACGUCCUCACCUUCUCCCCCAAGCACCACCUGACCCUGGCCGACUUGCCCGGCAAGGACAUCCUCCCCAUCGUAGAGCACUGGACCCGCAUCUACGCCAACCACCUCUCCGCCGCCAGCCCGCUCGCCAAGCUCGCCCAGGAGCUCGACCUCUCCCUAGAACCCCAGGACGCCCCCGUCCCCAAGGACGAGUACCGCUACAUGCAAAUCUUCGAGAACAAGGGCGCCGCCAUGGGCUGCUCGAACCCCCACCCCCACUGCCAGGUCUGGACGACCUCCACCCUCCCCGAGGAGCCGGGCAAGGAGCUUCGGCAGAUGAGCAAGUACCGCUCCUCCCACGGCGGGCGCCACCUCCUGCAGGACUACGUCGAGCUCGAGCUGAAGAAGGGCGAGCGCGUCGUCUGGCACAACGACACCUUCGCCGUCGUCUGCCCCUGGUGGGCCAUCUGGCCCUUCGAGGUCGUCAUCAUCGCCAGGAGCCACCUCCGCUCCCUCGUCGACUUGUCGGCAGCCCAGCGGCUCCACCUCGCCGAGGCCAUCCAGGAGGUCGCGCGGCGCUACGACAACCUCUUCGGCACCAGCUUCCCCUACAGCUCGGGACUGCACCAGGCCCCGCUCGCGGGGUCCGAGGAGGAGGUCGAGAGCUCGUACCUGCACAUGCACUUUUACCCGCCGCUGCUGCGGUCCGCGACGGUGAGGAAGUUCCUGGUCGGGUACGAGCUCAUGGCCGAGCCGCAGCGGGACAUCACGCCCGAGCAGGCGGCAGCCCGGCUGAGGGAUUGCGGUGGGCCGCUGUACCGUGGGAAGGUCGCAUGA